AUGUUCAACAUCAUGCUGGAUUGACGAAAUUGCAACUAUAAAAAAUAUAAGAUGCGCGUGUUUACCACGUCGCUUAUUACUUGGCUUUAUGCUUGGUGUCUCUAUUAUCCUGCCAAAUGUUCCACAUCGCAUGAUUUUACACAACUGCAAAAUCAAGCAAGAGUGUCAAAAACUGACGAAUCGCAAGACGAUAUUGAUGACAACGAAUUUGAAAACUUUGAUGACGAAGACGAGCAAAAUGAAACUGAAGAUUACACUACAGAUGAUAUAAAACAAGAGCUGGAUUCAUCGGAAAAGAGGUUAGAGAAAAGUGAAAAGGAGCUAGAAGAUGUAGAAGACGACAGCCUUAAAGAGGAUCUCGAUGAAGAGGAAAGUGAAGUUGAUUUUGCUAAAUCCAAGAACGAAAUUAGAAAGGGAGGAGAAGAUGUUGAUGACGUUGCAAAAGCGAGGAUACGCGAUUUGAUGGAUGAACUAGUUAAGGCAUCCAUUGAACUGCAAGAAAUAAACCGAGCCUUAGAUGAAUUGUAACAUAUCACGCAAACC